UUGUCACCUAGUGGUUACUCUUUGUUGAGAGAUCCCCAUCAUAAUAAAGGGCUUGCCUUCAGUGAGAAAGAAAGAGAUGCACACUACUUAAGAGGACUCUUACCUCCCGCAUGCAUCAGUCAGGAGCUUCAGGAAAAGAAGCUUAUUCACAAUCUUCGUCAGUAUCAAGUUCCACUGCAGCGAUACAUGGCAAUGAUGGAUCUUCAGGAGAGAAAUGAGAAGCUUUUCUACAAACUUCUUAUUGAGAACGUUGAAGAGUUGUUACCUGUUGUUUAUACACCAACUGUUGGGGAGGCUUGUCAGAAAUACGGUGGUAUCUUUAGGCGUCCACAAGGUCUUUACAUCAGUUUGAAGGAAAAGGGUAAGAUCUUAGAAGUUUUGAAGAACUGGCCUGAGAGGAGAAUUCAGGUUAUUGUGGUCACUGAUGGUGAGCGUAUAUUGGGUCUUGGAGACCUUGGUUGCCAGGGAAUGGGGAUUCCUGUUGGCAAACUCUCUCUUUAUUCUGCUCUUGGAGGAAUUCGUCCAUCUGCAUGCUUACCUAUCACCAUUGAUGUGGGGACAAAUAAUGAGCAAUUACUGAAUGAUGAGUUCUAUAUUGGAUUGAGGCAGAGGCGUGCCACUGGGAAGGAAUAUUCUGAACUGCUCCAUGAAUUCAUGCGCGCUGUUAAGCAAAAUUAUGGGGAAAAAGUUCUCAUUCAGUUUGAAGACUUCGCUAAUCAUAACGCAUUUGAAUUGCUUGCAAAGUAUGGAACCACUCAUCUUGUGUUUAAUGAUGAUAUUCAGGGGACCGCUUCUGUGGUACUUGCUGGAGUUGUUGCGGCAUUGAAGUUAGUUGGUGGGACAAUAACAGAACAUACAUUCUUAUUUUUCGGUGCUGGCGAGGCUGGUACUGGUAUAGCUGAACUUAUAGCACUGGAGAUGUCUAAACAGACUAAGGCUCCUGUGGAAGAG